AUGAGUUUUGCCCCACUCAGUGAUGGCAUUGCGCUUGACAUAGUCGAGUCCAGGAGGGAGAAUCGCACCGCUUUGAGAGCUGAACUCCAGCCCGAGAUCAGUGGAUCCGGUACCAUCGGUGCUUUCGAAUGUCCAGUUGUCGGACAAUCAAACCUGGACAGUCGAGUCUUGAAUGGCGUCACGGAAGGCCUCGCUAGAGACAAUGGCCUGCAAGAAGCACAAAGGACGAGGUGCACUUUGUGGUACUCGCAGGAGACCGGGACCUGGCGUGCGAUGUGCCACCGCACUCUCACCAGAAAGCGGGCAGCAAACGCGCUGAGUCGUCCCCAAAAUGUUCUAGCAGUUGACUCGUAUCGGUCCGGCAUAUCGGGCGCAGGCAGGAACUCUUCCACCGUCAGGCACCUCAAUCUGACCAGAUCUCCGUAUUAUCCUUUCAGCUCAGACUCUAUCAGAACCUUGAUCUCGUCCCUGGUAGGGGCAACAGUGGUCUCGGGGCUCAUCCGGCCAGCCUUGGACUCCAUCCGCGUGGUGAAGAUGUUCGCCUUGACCGUGGCAGUACCGGGCGGUAGAGUCUGGGUGGCCGUUGCAGUAUCGGGCACGCUCGACCGGACACUUCCGCUUGCAUUCGAAGCGGUCUCACUCGAAAGGGGGCCAGAGAUCAUCCCUCACCUAGUAGCUUACGUCUACGGUGCUGACAGUGGUCGAGGGGCCGGCGACAGCAGUAGGAGCAUGCUCAGUGCGGGUGGUGAAUACCAACUCGUACCCAGACCCGCUGGCCGGGGGGUGUACUGCCGCAGUGGUAGUGACGGAUGUGCUGGCUGCAGGGGUGGUAGGCGUAAGGAAUACCUCGUGUCCGGAGCGGCCUGA